GCAACGGAAAUAUACCUUCAGUCGACGACAAGAAAUACCGCGAGACAGUUUUCUAAAACUAUACGACCUAUAUUUUCAGUGUUAAAAACAUCCUUUCGUUAUGGUAGAAAAAAUUAAAAAGUAAAAACAAACUUUUUCAGCGACCAUAAAUUCGAAUUGUCAAAAUUUACCGCCGAAAAGUCGAUUGCGAUACUUUUACGUAACAUCAUUUGUAAUUUAAAUGUAAAUUUUAAAAAUUAACUGCAAUGCUAAUGUUGAUUUUAAACGAAAGUUGUACGGGUUAAUUUGUUUUAGUGCUUACAUUUAAUUUUAAUAAGAAUAAAUGGUUUGAAGUUUUAAUUUUUUAAAAUGGGACUGGGCAAAGGAAUUGUGCUAACUCUGCUUGCUUUCUUCACAAGACUUGCGUGUUGUCAAGAUUACUUCCGAAUGGGAGUGAACACAAACGCAGCGGAAGCGACUCAGUUCCUACGGGAAUAUGACAGGGAGGCUUCAGGAAUGUGCUACAGAGUGACAAUGGCCCAAUGGAAAUUUGUCACCAAUAUAACUGAAUACAACCGCCGUCGAAUGCUGGAGGAGCUCACUCUUAGCUCCAAGUUCGAAAGGCUGUCAUGGAGGAAGGCUGCCGCUUAUGACGCCUCAAGGUUACCCGAUCACCAAAGUAGAAGGCAACUGAUGAAGAUUGUCCAGUCAAGUCGGGCUGCCUUACCUGAUGAUAAAUUCACCGAGAUCCAGCAACUAAUAUCUGAAAUGAAAGAGAUCUAUAACUCAGCUAAGAUCUGCCCGUAUGGACAGAAGCCUUACGAUCCCCACAUACCAAGAGUUUCCUAUCCGGAAUACCAACCUAACCAGGGCUUUCAGCUUUCAAACCUUCCGUACCAGCAUUACCAACCUCAAGAGCCGGCUGACUUCCCCAACUACUGCGACAUGCAGCUCGACCCUGAGAUAUCCAGGAUCCUGGCUCACUCCAGGAUCGAGAGCGAACUGAUCUAUGUCUGGAAGAGUUUUAGGGACCAGACUGGACCGAAACUAAAAAACAGGUUUAUGAGAUACGUUCAGCUGGCCAACCAAGCUGCAGUCGCGACAGGUUACACCGAUGCCGGGGACCAAAUGCGCGCAGCAUACGACGACCCAUCAUUCCGCUCAACCGUCGAGGAGAUCUACAAUCAGGUGGCGCCACUGUACAAGCAACUGUUCACAUAUGUUAGAAGACGAUUGGUACAAAGAUAUGGGGAGACGAGUGUGAGAUCUGAUGGACCUAUACCUGCACAUUUGUUAGGCAACAUGUGGGCCCAGAACUGGAAAUCUAUCAUGGAUCUAGUGAUGCCCUUUCCCCAAUCACCGAACUUGGAUGUCACAGCUGAAAUGCUGCGACAGGGCUUCACACCUUUACGAAUGUUCCAAAUGGCGGAAGAGUUUUACACAUCGAUGGGGCUGAAGCCGGUCCCCCCUGAGUUCUGGCGGGGCUCAAUGUUAGUCAGGCCUCAGCAACAAAGCGUACAAUGUACUGCUAGCGCCUGGGACUUUUGUAAUAGAAUUGAUUACAGGAUAAAACAAUGCACAGAGGUGACAAUGCAAGAUCUGAUAUCGACCCACCACGAGAUGGCGCACAUACAAUACUACCUCCAGUACGCCGAGCAACCACAGAUGUUUAGGGACGGAGCUAACCCAGCGUUCCACGAAGCCGUCGCCAACGCAGCCACUCUAUCGGUUUACAACCUACCACAUUUACAAAGAGUUGGCCUUUAUCAGAAUAAAACCCACGACCCUUACGAAGUGAGCAUGAAUUUCCUCAUGACGAUGGCUUUGGAGAAGAUUGCCUAUCUGCCUUUCUCAUUCAUGGUGGAUCAGGUAACAUGGUGGAGGUGGUCUGUAUUAGAAGAUGGCGUCCAACACAUGAAUUCUAGAUGGUGGCAAAUGAAAUUGAGAUAUCAGGGUGUGAUACCGCCUAUGCCCAGAAGCGAAAACGAUUUUGACCCCGGCUCCAAAUAUCAUAUUAUUGCUGAUCAAGAAUACAUGAAGUACUUCCUGGCCACAAUCCUAGAGUUCCAGAUCUUCUCCCAGCUCUGUUCGCUGUCUGGCCACACGGGACACUUGCACGAGUGUGACGUCUACAGGAGCAGGGACGCUGGGAGACUACUUAGUGAGGUAAUGCAGGCAGGAGCAUCAAAAUCAGCAUCAGAGAUCAUCAGGACCAUGACCAAAGGGAAGACGAACAAAAUCUCACCUGAAGCUAUCGUUAAGUACUUCAGACCCCUAGAACUGUGGCUGCGCGUCCAGAACCGAGACGAGAACCUGAUUGGCUGGAACUCGAACUACCACGACGUGGCUUUGUUCUCCCAACGAGGUGCCGCGGAUUCGAACCUGGGACUAACCGAGAGCAGACUAUUUGGCUUAGUCUCGAUAAUGAUUAUGUGUAAUUUGUUGUAUUAAAUUUUAUUUUAAUUUUU